GGCCUCUCUGCAGAAGCCCCGGCCCUUCCGUCUCGGAAGCCCUCGGCCCGGACUCGCACUUCCUCCUCUCGAAGACCUGAAGCCAGCGCCCGCGAGGCGCCCGCCGCCCUGCAGAGGCCUUGCGCUUCGCCGCCCGCCCAGUCCGCCCUCUUGCGGAUCGCCGAGGCCUGGCCGCGCGGGUGCCGGGCUGUGGGCUCCCGGCGCCCGGCUGGAUGCCCCGACCCCGCCCUUCGUCCCCAUACAGCGCGCGGAGCCCGAGCCCGAUGUUCACCCUUCCUCAGAAGGAAUCCAGGAAGCCUACCACCUGUCCGGGUUCAGUCUCCACACGGGGCCUGCACAGUAUCUAUGGGGAUGGUCUGGAAAGAGAAGCCGCCAGAAAACCAGACCAGAAGCUGCUCUAUGGCGUGGGUGAUCCCACCGCCAUGUUCUCCUCCGACAGUCCCCACUUGUCCUCUAGAGGAAGCAUCAUUAAAUGGUUCUGGGAUUCAGCUGAGGAGGGCUACCGGACCUACCACAUGGAUGAGUAUGAUGAGGAUAAGAACCCUGGCGGCAUCAUUAACCUGGGCACCAGUGAGAACAAACUCUGCUUUGACCUGCUGUCCAGGAGGCUGAGUCACAGCGACAUGCUGAGGGUGGAGCCGUCCCUGCUGCAGUACCCUGACUGGAGGGGACAUCUGUUCCUCCGGGAGGAAGUGGCCAGCUUCCUGUCUUUCUACUGCAAGAGCCCUGCACCCCUUAAACCAGAGAAUGUGGUUGUUCUGAAUGGCUGUGCCUCUCUCUUCUCUGCUCUGGCCACAGUGCUGUGUGAGGUGGGGGAGGCUUUCCUGAUCCCUGCCCCUUACUACGGAGCCAUCACGCAGCACGUGUAUCUCUAUGGCAACGUCCGACUGGUCUGUGUCUAUCUGGAUAGUGAGGUCACUGGGUUGGAGACACACCCAUUCCAGCUCACAGUGGAUAAGCUGGAGAUGGCCCUGCAAGGAGCUAUUUCUGAGGGUGUGAAGGUCAAAGGCCUCAUCCUCAUCAAUCCUCAGAAUCCUCUGGGUGACAUCUACUCCCCAGGAGAGCUGCGGGAGUACCUGGAAUUUGCCAAGAGGCAUGCGCUGCACGUGAUGGUGGAUGAGGUCUACAUGCUGUCCGUGUUUGAGGAGUCAGUUGGGUACCGCAGUGUCCUGAGCCUGGAAGGGCUGCCCGACCCCCAGAAGACCCAUGUGAUGUGGGCAACCAGCAAGGACUUUGGGAUGUCUGGGCUCCGCUUCGGCACGCUGUACACAGAAAACCAGGACGUGGCCACUGCGGUGGCCUCCCUCUGCCGCUAUCACGGCCUCAGUGGCUUUGUUCAGUACCAGAUGGCACAGCUGCUCCGGGACCGUGAUGAAUGGAGAAACAAACUGUGGUUCAUCCCCACAGUGGAAUACCACUCUGCAAUAAAGUCCACGGGAACACGUCUAUCUCAGAGGCAUCCUGCUGAGUGAAAGAAGCCAGCCUCAAAAGAUUACAUUACUGAAUGAUUCCACUUACAUGACAUUCUGGAAAAGGCAAAACUACAGUGAUGGACAACAGGCUAGUGGUUGUAGGGAAGGGGAAGAUGUGACUUUAAACAGCACAAGGUGUUCUCUGGGGUGAGGGAAGCGGUCAGUAUCCCUGUCGUGGGGGGUUCCAGGAAUCUAUACAUGUGUUAAAAUUCAUCGAACUGGACAGUGAAAACAAAGGUCAAUUUAAAAAAUGGGAAUCAGGGAGCUAACUUACCUAAGGUCACACGCCUUAUCAGCGGCCACCCUGGGAUCUGAGACUCGAUGUGACUCGUUAAGUGUCACUCUGUAAGUGGGUUUGCCUUUGGUUAGGGUCUGCAUCCUGCACCACGCUGAAUAUCCCCAUUGCCCCCGGUCAACCAGCUAUAGGAGGGGCUCACCCAGUCCUGGCAGCUCAUGGCCUUUUUCUUUUCAGCAUUUAGACUCUCGGGACAGAGUGGAGGGUUGGUGGGAGAUUUAUCUUUUGGCUUUCCUUUCACCCACACAGACUGGAUCAACCAAGUGUACCUGCCAGAAAACCACGCCCGGCUCAAGGCCGCCCACACCUAUGUCUCUGAAGAGCUCCGGGCCCUGGGGGUCCCCUUCCUGAGCCAUGGGGCCGGCUUCUUCAUCUGGGUCGACUUG